UCCUCACUGUACGUUACUGGUGUAUCGGUGAGGUGGAGGCGCCUUUGACUUCUUCCCAAAGAAGUGCCUGUAACGGAUUAUAACGCAGAAUUUCUCUGAAUACUCAGUAUAUCAGGCUUCACCGUGUCACACAUGCUGGUUGUGGUUUGUUCGUACAGCUUUUACAUGUUACUUCUUUGCAGCGCUGCGAAAAAAUGAGUCUGUUGGAAAUCAGCGAGAACGUGAAACUGGCUAGAGAAUAUGCGCUGCUGGGCAACUACAGCUCAGCUGUGGUUUGCUAUGAGGGGGUACUGGAGCAGAUCAAGAAGUACUUAUUUUCAGUACGCGACUCCUCUCUGCAGCAGAAAUGGCAGCAGGUCGGGCAGGAGAUCAGCGAGGAGAGCAAGCACGUGAGGGACAUCAUGAGGACACUGGAGAGUUUCCAGUUGGCGGCUGCCCCUUCCAAGCCGAGCAGUUUCAGCCAAGAGAACGACAUUACACCAGUUCAGGUGGAACAUAGGUCGUCUCCGUGUGCGGUACGGAGGGCCCCAGUGCCGUAUCGAGAAGGUAAACCUCAUGGCAACAGACUGAGUGUUGGCCCUCGCUCCCAGCACCGACAGUCACCACGUAUCCCCAACGGCGACAGAGCAAAACCUCCAAAAGGCAAAGAAAAGAAAGAGAAUGUGUCCAAGCAAAAAGAGGACAAGAACAAACCAGAGGCCUCAGAGACGGAGGUGAAAAAGUUUGACAGAGGAGGAGAAGAUAAAGACCUGAUUGAGACGCUGGAACGAGACAUCAUUUCCCAAAACCCUAAUGUGAAAUGGGAUGACAUAGCUGACCUGGAGGAAGCGAAGAAGCUGCUGAAGGAGGCGGUGGUUCUGCCCAUGUGGAUGCCGGAGUUCUUUAAGGGAAUUCGACGACCAUGGAAGGGCGUGCUGAUGGUGGGGCCCCCAGGCACCGGAAAGACACUGCUGGCAAAAGCUGUUGCCACAGAAUGCAGGACAACCUUCUUUAAUGUUUCCUCUUCCACCCUCACUUCCAAAUACAGAGGGGAGUCUGAGAAACUUGUGCGCCUGCUGUUUGAAAUGGCACGGUUUUACGCUCCGACUACCAUCUUCAUCGAUGAGAUCGACUCUAUGUGCAGCCGCAGAGGAACAUCAGAGGAACAUGAAGCCAGCAGACGCGUCAAAGCGGAACUACUGGUGCAGAUGGACGGUGUUGGAGGAACGUCUGAAAGCGACCCAUCCAAAAUGGUGAUGGUUCUGGCAGCCACUAACUUCCCAUGGGACAUUGAUGAAGCUCUAAGACGCAGGCUAGAAAAAAGAAUUUACAUUCCGUUGCCCUCAGCUAAGGGUCGAGUUGACCUGCUGAAGAUAAAUCUGAAAGAGCUGGAACUGGCUAAUGACGUUGAUAUGGACAAGAUUGCUGAGCAGAUGGAGGGCUAUUCAGGAGCCGACAUCACCAAUGUCUGCAGGGAUGCAUCUCUGAUGGCGAUGAGGCGACGGAUCGAGGGAUUGACCCCUGAGGAGAUCCGCAACAUUUCCAGUGAUGAGAUGCACAUGCCCACAACUAUGGAGGACUUUGAGACAGCUCUGAAGAAAGUGUCAAAGUCCGUCUCGGCUGCCGAUCUGGAGAAGUAUGAGAAGUGGAUCGCCGAAUUUGGCUCUUGCUAACCCAUCCUGAUGCUACCUAUGGGGUAAAAUUUGGAUUCUGUAGUUAUUAAUUUUGAAACCUGUCGACUUUUAGCACUUUGGAAUACUGUGGGCCAAUUUCUGUUGUUUGACUGAAGAAUCCUGUCACUUGGUGGUGGUUUAGCUAUGUCUGAAAUCACGUCCUAUUGGCCAGUUUUAGUUGCUGACUACAGGACCGGUGUGUCAUGCAUUCUGGAGGAAAGGUUCAGCUCUGGGAUCAUCUUCUCUUUGAAGUAGUGUUAUUUAUUGAGAUAUGAAAGCUCCAAACUGAUGUGUGGUCAUUCAGUACUUAGGUUUUGGAAGUGAUGAAACAUGAGAGACCUUCUUUAGAGCAGUGGGUCUUCUGGGAACCAUUUUGAACUGCCUUACUUACACAAGCCUUUCUUCUCUAAAGGUAAUGUCACUACAAUAAAUGAGUAGUCAGUCACUUAGAACCAUGAUUGGUUGUGAUGGUCUCGAUAUACCAAAAAAUGUAAUACUUUUGAAAAUAUCUGAAUAU